GGACACUUUGGCAUGAGGGGACGGGGGCCGAGCAUUUCUUUCGCCCCUCAGUCGCUCGACGGGCCGCCGACGCCUCCGCGCUCGCCAUGAUGAUGGAGUCGCUGCGCGUGCAGCGGCUGCAGCCGGGCGUCGGGGGCACGCUGCGCUCGCUGCGGCCUGGCGUGACGGCGGGAGCGUCCCUGGCGGUUGCCUCUGCUCCCCCGCCGCCGCUGCCGCCGCCCCCGCCGCCGCUCGGGCUGUCGCUCACCCUGGGGCCUCCCCCGCCGCCGCCGCCCCCGCUGCCGCCUCUCCCGCCGUCGCUCUUGCCGGGCGUGACAGCCGGAUCCAGCCCCCCGGGAGCCGCGGCGACGGGUCCGCCCGCCGUGCUGAGGGAGGCCGUCGAGGCCGUCGUCAGGAGCUUCGCCAAGCACACGCAAGGCUACGGCCGCGGUGAGGAUGAAGGGCUGCCUCGGCCACCGUUAUCUGCUUUUCUCCUCUGGGCGUGUGCAGAGUGCCUGCCUCACCCAUCCAGGCUCGCAUAGUGGGAGCUGUUACCGUGUCAUAAGCUUAGCUUAGCCUACCUGGCAGAGUUGUUUUGUUGUUGUAAGGAUAAAGGCGGCGGGGAAGAGCCUUACAGAAGGCCCAGAGUUUCUAGGAGGAAAAGUGGGGUGAAAAAUGUAAGGAACGAGGUCCAAUGUAUCCCUGAGGGAAAAUGGUCCCGCCUUCCUAUUAGCCAGCUGUUUAAAAAAGACUGUAGUAAGCAUGUGGAGUGGUCCUGUCUCUUCUGAUGGACAGCUUUUUAGAAGCGAGGGCCGAAGCAUGUGCAGAAUUCAGUUGCCUUCUCUUAACCGCAGCCUGCCUUGCAGUGCUGUUGUGACAUCAGGCAGAAAACUUCAUUGCACUCAUUUUGGUGCCUGCUAUCUGACAACUAUCUGACUUUUAGGAGACAUCUGAACGCAGCCCUUUAGGGAAGUUUUUGACGUAUGAGGUUUUAUUGUGUUUUUAAUAUUCUGUUGGGAGCUGCACAAAGUGGCUGGGAAAACCCCAUCAGGCGGGGUAUAAAUAAUAAAUUAUCAUUAUUAUCAUUAAAAAUGAUUUUGUUUAUAGUCAUUCUUUAUUAUUAUUAUAGAUUCCAUUUAUAUACUGCCCUUCAUCCGUAGAUCUCGGGGUGGUUCACAGCAUAAAAAGUUUAGAUAAGCCUAUUUAGAUAUGUAGGAAUGUUGAUGUGUAUUUUAAUCUCUUUUUGGUUUAUUGUUUGUUUGUUAUUUUUUAGCAUUUUAAAUAGCUGAUAAUUUGGUGUGUUUUUCUGUAAACUGCUUUGCAGGUUAUUGCUUUCUUUUUAAACCAAUCAAGCAGUGUACAAAUUUUAUGAAACAAAAAAUAAGUAAAGCAGAACAAGGGAGAAGACUUGCAGAAUACCUAGAGCUUCUUAGAGGAAAAGUGAGAUAGAAAUGUAAGAAAUGAAGUCAAAAUGCCUCUGAGCAAAAAAUUGACUUGACUUUUUACUAGUCAGCUGUUUACAUUUAAAAGGUGAGCUGAGUGUCUUUCUUUGGUGACAAGCAACUGACUACUGGAGGAAAAUUGUCCUGUGGAUUUCAGUAAGGGAGUGUUGUGGUCUGGUGAACUGGGGAGCCCCAGUGGUGUGGAUUCUUGAGUCGGGGGAUCUUGGAGAGGGAAGACAGUAAUUGGGGGGUGUUGGUACAGGUGUUGUGCACCUGCAGUUCUGGGUAGAGACGCCCUCUUCUUCCCAUCUCCAGCCCUUGAUUGCUUGCUAAGAUUGCUUGCUUCCCGCUGAUAAUUUUAUUUGUUCAUUGAUUUAUUUUAAGUAUGGAUGUUAGCAUUUUUGGCUUCUAACUAUUUGAAGUAAAAAUAAGCUAUUUAAAUCCUACACAUCUGAAGCAACCAUUGUUUCUUCUGUAGCCUAAUGUGUUAUGUGGCUUAUGUUAAGUACCGUAAUUUUUGCUCUAUAAGACUCACUUUUUCCCUCCUAAAAAGUAAGGGGAAAUGUGUGUGCGUCUUAUGGAGCGAAUGCAGGCUGUGCAGCUAUCACAGAAGCCAAAACAGCAAAUGGGAUUGCUGCUUUCACUGCGCAGCGAUCCCUCUUGCUGUUCUGGUUUCUGAGAUUCAGAAUAUUUUUUUUCUUGUUUUCCUCCUCCAAAAACUAGGUGCGUCUUGUGGUCUGGUGCGUCUUAUAGAGCGAAAAAUACGGUACACCCAUAGGGUAGAUGUCUAGAAUGUUUGUUUUCAGCUAAUGUUAAAUGAAGGGGUCUUCCCCCGCCCUGAGAAAGUUUCCCAUCAAUAAUGGCGAAUCCUGUUCCCUCCCAUCCUUUUUUUCAGAUUGGCUGUAUUUUUUAGCAAUGUUUUGUCCCUGUUUUUGCAUGAAAUGGGGCCCAGGUUCUUCUUGUCUGUUUUGGGAAAUGUUUUCUAGCCUGCUACAAUUUUUAUGUUCUGGGAUAGUACAGAAGGCCCUAAUUGUGAACAUAUUCCAGGGUAGCCUCAAAAUGGGCCAAUUUCAAGAGCUGUUUGGUUGGCUUAUGAAAUGUAGGAAAGGAGCAGUUAAAAUGAGUUUUUGCAAACAUCUAUGUGGAAAAAUGUUGUCCUCUGCUCCAAAUGGGGAGACUUUGUGGCCACUUGGGGUGUCAGAUGUUGGCCUACAGCAGCAGCAGGCCCAGUAGAUGCCGCCUUGCAGGUUCUAAGCAGCGAAUGCUUGGCAGGCAGUCUGUGACUUAAACACAACACUGCUUUCCUGGCUCUGAAAGGCUUUGAGGCCAUGUGGAAUCAUUUAUUCUUUCCUAUUUAAUAUGCAAGUCAGAUGUGCUGUCAUACACAAGGUAGGGACUAGAGUAUGUGAUCCAAGGCCAUAAACAGUGGAUAUAAAUAACAGCCAGUGGUCUGACUGUAAACGUCCUCACUCUCAGGUAGGAAAUGUAAAAAUGAACUGCUGCUUUUCGUACUUGUUGAGGUCUUUGAAAUAUAAUUUCUUUCAGUGAAAUGCAAUGAAAGGGGGUUUUGAACAAUCACUCUGGGCAGCCCCAGUCAGCACAGUUGUAGUCCGAAAGUUCUGGAGGGCAAGGGUAAUAGAGGGGUAGGUUUUUAUGGAUGUGCUGAGGUUUCCCGUUUAAGAUUGGCAUUGCUUUUGCUGCUGAACUGCAGUCCCCCACCUGUAAGAUGUGGCAUUUCUGUAUUCUCAACAGGGCAUCCAACGUACAUUAGGGCAUGGCAGGUUCGUAAGGUAACCCUAGCCCAAACCAUUCAGGGCUUUAAAGGUUGUUAGGAGUUCAAUGAACUGGACCUAGAAAUACAUUGCUAUACAGAGCAAAUGGUACAGCAUCGGUGUUACAACUUCAAACUGCCUGGCUCCAACCAAUGAUUGCAUUGUGUACUGGUUGAAUUUUCUGUUUUUUCUUCAAAUGCAUUUCUAUGUAGAGCACUUGGUGUCCCUAGUACAGUACAUGGAUAACUCAGUCUGCUCUUUCCAGAAAGCAAGAGCAUUUGAAAUACUGGAGGAAGUAAAUUAGGGGUGUGUGUGAAAGAGGUCUCUAUUUGUCCUCUCCUCUCCCUCUUCAGAGAGAAUGUGAGAAUGGAUAGCAAUCUGAUUGGGCUUUAUAAAUGAUAUUAAGCCUAAAAGAGGAUCUCUUUAUGAGAAUAGUUUGGGAAGAAAAAAGAGGGAGUUGGGCAAAUUCAUAGUCACACUAGCUGUUUGUAUUUAUGGAGUGGGUUCUCAUUUCAAUUAACAUAAACCUAGGUUUCUUUUUACUAUGCAAAUCUGCGUAGGCUUUGUGUUUUGUUUUGUUUUGACUUUCUUUUUUCCCCUUUUUUGCUGCUCAGUAAAUUCCAGUCUUAUAAAAAACCAGCUGGUAUUAAUAUGGUACAUGGAUGCUGAUUGAGAAUAGCAUUCUGUUAGACCCAAGUAUUUGUGAACCCUGGCGUUGAAAUGUCUGAUACUACUUCUGAACCAGCAGUUAAGGAGAUUCGUGUAGCAUACUUGCUUUACUUAGCAUAUUGCCUCUAGCUUUUCCUUCAGCUCACAAGUAAUUGUUCUCUCUUCAAUCAUUUCCCUAUAUUCUGAAGGACUACAUACACAGUCUUCAGAUUACCUGUGUAUACAUAAGCAUAGUAUUGUAUAAAUUAGCUUGUAGAAGUUGGGAAGACAUCCUAGAGCAGUAGCUCAUACUGUUUAUAUGUGCUCCAAGCCUGAGGUAGAACUGAAGUAACAACUUUCUCCCGAGGACCAAAGACAACUGUGUAAAACCAACUGUAAAAACUAGUGUGGACAGUGGCUCCUGUUGUAAUCUUUAAGCACACUUCCAUUCUAACAUAAGCCAGCUUCAUUUCCACAGUGCUUUGGACAGCAUUGCUUUUCCAUAGUCUUGUUGGAGCCAGUAAGCAGCCUCUGGAAAGCUGUUCUUCGUUAAGCUUUUUAUCUCCUAUGCGGUGUUUGCAUACUUUGAGGAAAGGCUCAGCCAAUUCUUCAUGGAAACCUGGACAUCUUAGACAUCAUUGCUUGCUUUUUCAAAUGUUUCUAGCCAAAAUAAUUAUUUUAUUUUUCCUUGGGCUUUUCCGUCUUCCUUUUAAAAUCAGAACCUCUAGGCUGCAUUUAUUUAAAAUACGAGUUGGUAGAGUGGUCUAGGAGAAGCAUUACAGCUUACACACAGUUUUUGUCUUCUUUCAAGAUGUCACAUUAAUGGGGUUCUUAAGAAUGCUGGUGACCAAGAAAGCAUUGGCCCUUAGAUAUUGCAGAAUGAAUUCCAUCUUCAUAGUGGAUUGAUAUAUUUUGACAGAUUGAAAAGUAUCUCUUCGGUAAUUAAUCUGUGAUGUGCAGUAUUGCCACAAACACUCUCGCUCUCUCAGAUCAUAUUCACUUUUAAACAAUAAAUUUAAAACAAUAGCACUGCUGUUUCUACAUAUUAUAUUAAAAUGCAAAACAGGACUUUGUUUCUAAGCUCAUGCAUUUUUGCAAUCUUAAAUAUGAAACUAUUUUGUUGUAUUUUUUCUAACCAAAAUAUUCAUACUAUUUGUGCUUAGACUGCUAAUGCUGGUUUCCAUCUUCUAGGGAAGUACUAAUUUUAGUCAAGGAGUGCGGCUGCUUAGCAUAAUUAUCCACUGUCUGGCCUCAUGCUUCUUUCACAAACAUAACACUUUGCAAUACAAAGGGGACAGUGUGUAAUGGAAUCUUGUCUGGGCUGAGAAUAGAACACCCAUGCUCUGGCUACAAAAUACCAUUUUCGCUGCUUUCAAACAUCGCAAACAGACACAAACCGGUUGGUUGCUUUCUUGACACAUGAUGAAUUGAUAUUGUGUCAUGAAGAUUCUAGAUAAAUAAUGUAGGGGUUUAGUGGGAUAAGAGGGCAAGCUAAUGGCCAUUUCUGAGAGAACAAACACAUGCAGACAAUUCUUAGAAGCAUAGUGAGCAGUAUUACUAAAGACUAUUCACUCUGUUUGGCCAUAGCCAUUUCCACACUGAGCUAGAAUGCUAUUGUUUCAUUUGGUGUGUAUUACUGGGUAGACCCAUUGCAAUUAAUGAACCUAAGUUAGUCAUAUCUGUUGGUAUACUCUGAGUAGGACUAGCACUGAAUACCACCCAUAUACUCUAGAGGUAUGCUUUUUCACUUAAUCUCACACUGCAUACAUGGGAGUGGGGACAUUACAGUGCAAUGUACAUCCUUCUGUCCAUGGGUGACUUAUGCCAUCUGUGGGCACCAGAUUAUCCAACUGUUGAUUUCAAGCAUCAUAACAUAAAUCUAGAGUGUUUCUUUACCACAGAGCUAUUUAGUUCAGCUGAUGGGCUGUUUUUAACAGUUAAAUUGACCCAGCUCUGAAAUUUUCUCUCCCAGUUUUUGAUGCAUGAGUAAAGCUGCCCUUUGAAAAUAACAGUUGGGCUUUGGUAAGUGACCUGGGUGUGUGUGCAUAUUUUAUGUGUCACCCAGGGUAGAAUCUGCUUUAGGGGAAUUAUUUCGAUUGAAUUUUUUUGAGCAAGCAAAUAAAAGGCAUAGUAACGUAAAACUGCUAAUAUAUUUGAUUGUGCAUUAUGGGUUCGGUUGCUCUGUGAUAGCUUGACAAACUACUACAGAAGAAGACUUUAGGUCUCCUUCGGAAUGAAAGUGCAUGUUUGACAUUAGUAAAAAUAAAUUUUGCUUGCCCACAUUUGAAUUCCAGGCAUUCAAUGGUUUCCCAUACAGCAUACUGCACAGAUUGUCUAUGGUUUCCUGUGAGUUCCUUUCAUUAGUAACUGCUGUGUUUGUUUGUUUGUGUGUGUGUGUGUGUGAGUGUGCAUGCACAUGUGUAUAAAGGAAACCCCAAAUUUGAAAAAUCUCCAUUAAUAGUCAUUCCUCAUAAUCUUGCUGAAACUAUUUUAGCAACAUACGCAUCUAUUAUUUCUCUUCUUCCUAGAGCUAAUCAAGCUAAUUCACAUUAAUAUGAAAAUUCUUUUUCUUUGCAGUAGAUUUGCAUGGAGAAGAGAGAUGAUGGUGGUUCUGAAAAAUCUAGAUUUGAUGCACCCCACUUAAUCAAUUUCUGUUGCUCCUUGCACUUCCACAAAUCAUGGUGUCCAUCUGGAUUGCCUAGAUAGGGUGGGCUGGAAGACACCGUUUUGCAAUUGUUCCAGUCCAUCCUGGAGGGUAGAGCUUCAAAGAUGCUAUUGGAAUUUGACUACUCAACUUCAUCAGCGUUGGCUAGUGAGGUCUGCAGUGUUCUACCUCCAUCCUCUGUUUUGCUUAGCAUCUAAAUGCAGCUACUGUACUUGGAGAAGUUGUCUGGAGAAGUGGGAUUGAGUGCCAUCAAUAUGCUGAUGACAAGCACCAGUUACUGUACAUUAAAUUCUGGGGAGGCAAUAGAAGUCCUGAAUGAGCUUGAUGAAAGACUGGAUGUGGGUGAACAAGCUGAUACUGAAUUGAAAUAAGGCAAAAGUAUCUCUAAUUAUCUGAAAAGCUGAUUUGGGGUUAGGCAUCUAGCUUCUGUUAGAGCUGAUAGCACUCUGCUUGAAAAGCCAGGUUUAUGCGUGCUUGUGCUCUUGAUCCUAGUAUUGCUCCUUGGUACCCAGAUGGUAGCUAUGGACUUAAAUGGUUUUGUAUAGCUGAGUCCUGUGUACCAGCUGCAUCUUUUGCUGAGCAAGGCAGAUUUACCUUUUAUAAAACAUGUCCUAGUAAUGUGAAUCAACCUUGAAUUUAUCAAAAAAGAUAGGUCAUAGCAUUUUAUUAAAAAAAUCUAAAAUAAGUUGGAUCAUUGUAAUGUGCUCUUCUUAGAGCUGCGCUUUGAAAAGAUCACAUUCGGUAAAUUUUAACGGGUGCACAUUGUGGCAGAGUUGUGACCAAAACAUUUUUUUAAGAAAGAGAUCUAGAACAUGGUUGUUGUACCAGAUUCUUUGUCUUACAGUUUAUUUCCAAGUGAAGUUCAAAGUGCUGCUCAUUUCCUUUAAAGCCCUAAAUGAUUUAGGACUAAGGCACUUGAAGGUUGCAUUCUGCCCACCUACAUAGCUCUUCAUUGGAGACCCAGUUCAGUGUUCUACCACCAAGUGAAACUUUUCUGUUGACAAGGCCUUUAUUUUUGUGGCUUUGUAACUCUCUACCCAAAGAGGUGGGUGGUCCUAAUAAAGGCAUUCUCCUUCUGUGGAUUUCUGAUAUUUUUUCUAUGGUUCAAUAUGGCUUAAGAGAGCCAGUGUGGUGUAGUGGUUAAGAGCGGUAGGCUCGUAAUCUGGUGAUCCGGGUUCGAGUCUCCGCUCCUUCGUAUGCAGCCGCUGGGUGACCUUGGGCUAGUCACACUUCUUUGAAGUCUCUCAGCCCCACUCACCUCACAGAGUGUUUGUUGUGGGGGAGGAAGGGAAAGGAGAAUGUUAGCCACUUUGAGACUCCUUCGGGUAGUGAUGAAGCGGGAUAUCAAAUCCAAACUCCUCCUCUUCUUCUUAAUUCUUUUUUUUACAUCUUAAAAAUACUUGUAUGAUGUGCUAUCCCCAAAUCCUUAAAUUUGCGGAGAAAUACCACAUAUGAAUCUUGAAUCAGCUGCUUGCUUUCUCUUGUAUGUCUGUUUCAAAAUCUAGCACAGAAAAAUAUUAUGAAUUGUGCUAGGUGUGUCUGGGCAGGUCAGUCAGACUAUUAAUGGAUGCUCUUAACCUGCCCACUCUCAAACUAUUUUCAGUUGCAUCAGAAUAGCACACAAGGCAUUAUGCAGUAGUAUCUUAGUUUUUAAAUGUCAAGAGGGUGCCUAAUUUUAGGGGGAAAUGAGUUGCAAUUUCAUGCUCUAAACUUUUUUCUGCCUCAAAACAAGUCCUUUGAGGCAUUUUUAAAGUCAACCUGAGUAUAGUAUUGUAUGCCUUAGAAUAACUUUUACUCAGUAACUAUCACCACAGGCUUUCCUUUCCCCCUCUAGCUUUGGACAUGUCCCAAGGAUGCUGAACGUCUAAGGCAACAUUCUUCAGAUUUGGCUGCUGACCCUUGGUCAUGGUUGAACCUGUCUUUGUAUCUCUCUUGGGGGUGGGGGGAUGAUAAGCAGCAAAUGAAGAUUGUAGAUUAUAUUCCUCUUGCUGCCUUCUGUGUAAAUACUCUAUUAUGAUAUAUGCCUCUUUCUCUAUUUUCAGUCAACGUUGUGGAAGCUCUCCAGGAAUUCUGGCAGAUGAAGCAAUCACGUGGUGCUGAUCUGAAAAAUGGUGCUCUGGUGGUUUAUGAGAUGGUCCCAUCUAACAGUCCUCCUUAUGUCUGUUAUGUCACAUUGCCUGGGGGGAGCUGUUUUGGCAGUUUUCAGGUUAGAAUGUGUUAACUAGAUGUUUUGAUUACUUUUUGUUGUGGUGGUCUGGAACUCUGAUCUGGUGGGGUCGAAUAAAAGUUCCUUAGGCUGUAUACAGAUGGAUUUAGUGGAGCAAAGCCAGAAAAUUUCUCUUCAUACCACAACCAUGGCACUAGCCCUGAUCUAGUACAGGCAGCUAGAGAAUUGUCAAAUAUAUCCUGUGGAUAUGAGAGCUGCUCCGUGGUCUGUGUGUGUGUGAUUCAUCAUGGACACAAUCUGGUAGGCACAACAGUUAACGUGAAAUGUGCAUGCAUCUCUUGCAGUGGUGCUAAUUAUGUUUGGGAGGGCCUGAUUAUCCCCAGCAAAAUGGUUCUGGAUUUAAUGGUGACUUACUGGUCAAAAAUGGUGUCUCUUUUUAAGCUCACCUCACCUAGGAGGUUUUGCUUGAUAGAUGCCAUCCAUUCCUUUCAUCAAAAUAUGUGGCCUGUCUGUAUGGGAGUGUUAUCUCAUACGGUGGAUAGCUCAAAACCAAUUUUCCCAUGUGCAGGGGUGUGUAUGUAGAGGCAUGCUUAAGUUUUUUGCCUCUAAUUUCUAAACCAGUGCUACCUGUUCAUACCAGCAGGCAGUCCUUGUUGGGAGCAUCGUUGUGGUGUGUGCAUGUUUGAUUUCUGUUCUGCAAAUGUGACUUAAGCAUGCAAAAAUUGGAAAUAGUGUUGUUUCACACACCACAAUGAUAAAAAAUACUGCCAGUGCUCCUUCAGCAACAACUGGUGGAAAAUAGGCAUGCUGAAUCCUUUCCUUUGGGCUAUUGGAAACAAAAUGGCUAGCUUGUUUUCGGGUGAGGUGCAAAUGGAGGUAGGGGGUGUGGCAAUAGAUAGCACCCAGCAAAACAUCUCCAUACACUAAAAACCCACACAGUUGAGUAACUUGUAAUUUUAUAUUCCAUUUUUACACUUAGCAGGCAGUUUGGGGAAAUCCAAGUUUGGGGGAAAGUGUGGGCUGCCAGUUAGAAGAGCUGGAUGUUAUGUGGAUGGAUACUACAAACACUCACAAACUGAGACACAAGCAGCCUCAAGCCUGCAUUAAACUUUUGUGUGGAUUAUCCCUUAAAGUCCAUCCAACUGCUGUAGUAAAUCAUAAGUCUCUUGAUUGUCCAAGACCAGUGUGUGAAGCAUUAUGGUGUAAGUGCCAUUGUGCCAUAAACUUCAAUAUAUCUUCCUUCCUACCUCAAUUUCAAUAGGUUACAGACUUAACACCCGGAAGUCCAGGGUGGCCCUUACUUUUGGCUGAACCCAGGCUCUGUUUAGUGGGCUUAAAACAGGUAUCCUAAACAAGCAAUCCUGGUUUCUGAACUGCCUACCCACUUAGAGAACAGCAAUGGGUGUUUAGAAUAGGGUGUUCACAGCUUGGUUUUAGCUAAUUAAUUUUGUUGACAGACCCAGCUGUGGUAUUUCCUUCUCCAAAUAAUAUGUGCUGAUUUCAGCUGCCUGUGUAAUUCUUGCAUUGUAGAUGACUGGAGUUUCUGGGUUUAAAGAGCCCGUUCCUAAUGACUUCAGGAUGUUGGAGAGCACCAUGUCAGCAUGCAUAGCUGCAACCUAGUAAUUUGGGGUAGAAAUACAUACUUCAUAGUAUGUGGGAUCUAACUGAUCUUGGCUUUCGUGAUUCCUGUUCUUAAGCAUGCCCUGUUCUUCUGUCUCUGCCCGCCCCCUAGUUUUGUCCUACCAAAGCUGAAGCCAGGAGGAGUGCAGCAAAAAUUGCACUGAUGAAUUCAGUGUUCAAUGAGCAUCCGUCCCGGAGAAUCACAGACGAGUUUAUUGAGAAGAGUGUCUCAGAGGCUCUGGCAUCUUUCAAUGUGAGUGCUUUUCAAAGCCCUGCGGCUAUAAUUGGUGGGGACAGAAUUGCUGGGAAGCAUCACGACUCCAUGGGAAGGGAAAUUCUUUGCAUCUGGAAACCCUUAUUGGCAAGGUUUCUAAAAACUCUGGGAAUGUCAUCAAAAUAAACUGUUAAACACCCACCCAGCCCAUGCUCUCUUCUCUAUUGAAUGCAGAGCUUCUCCCAGUUGCAUUUUUGUUAAUUUGCCCUUGACACUUUCACUACACCCUGUGUGGAAGCUCUCUGGAGUACUAAACUGUUCUAAUUCCAGAGCCAUGCAAAAGCACACCAGAGUUUAUGGGACAGCCUUGAGCAAAUUGCUCUCACCUCACUCUUUUCUCUAUAGUGGGAAUAAAGCUUUUCAGUGUUGAGGAAAAAUAGAAUAAAGAUCCUAAAGUGCUAUGCAAUUGUGAGAUCAUAGGUUUAAUUACACUAGACACCUGUUUAUCUGAAAAUAAAGUUCAUAUAUUUUUGUGUUUGAUAUCUUCUGCAUUAAUUACCUGCUUCCAGAAGGAGUGGCUCCAACUAUCACCCAACCAUUGCUUUUCUGCUGUAAAUUACCAGCAAAAUUAGAACUGCCUUUCUACACAUUUGCUUUUUCUAUGUAUACAUUCUGCUACAUAUAGAAGUAGAGUGCCACAGAGUUCUGUCCCAGGCCUAGUGGUGAGGUUAUGCUCAUUAUAUCUGCAGAUGACACCAAACUGAGUGGUGCUGAAGGCAUCUGCACACCUGUAGAGAUUGUACUACUCUACUGCUCUAUGGGUUGUGGGGGGAGUCCUGACUUUCUGUAGUCUGAGAAUAGAGAAACCACAGGGGGGGAAACAGGGUGACAAUAUUUGGCUGAUGCCCUGUAAAAUGUAUGACAAUUCCUCUCUAAAUGCCUAGUGUAAGCACUCAAUGCUUGAUUAAUAAGACAGCAAAAUGUAUUGAAGUUCAUUGCAUAUCUACACUCUAAACUUUUUGUUGUGUACAUAUUUAAGCACCAAAUAAUCUUAGGAACCAUAAUAUGGUGACUAGUGGGGGUUUGGCUAAAUUGCUAGCCAUAUUCUUGCUGAGCCACAGUUCUAGGGACUGGGAGUGUGAAUGCCUAUUAAACUAGAUGAACUCUGGUUUAGUUAUUUCUGUGUGAGUGUAACUGGAAUGCCUGUUGUGUGGUGUGAGAAAGCUUAUUUGUGAACCAUCAAAUUGAGACGUAAGAGUCAUUCUUAAAUAGCUUGUGUAUCUUUCUUCAGCUGUCCUGCAACCCUAAGAAAAUGGCUAUGUUUACAUGUUAUGCUAAACCAUGGAUUAGUGCUAUGUGUGUGAGCUGGAAUGAGCCUGAGCAAAGCCUUGAGCUUGUGAAUUCACCCUUCCCUCUCUUUUUCGGGUAUGGACAAGAGACAGAGUUUGCCAGUGUUUCAGUUUCUCUUAAUCUCAGUAUUGUCAUAGUUUGUUUAUUUAUAUACAGCUUUCCCCACAAAUACAUUUCACUCAGAGCAGUCCACCAAGACUGCCCUGUCUGAGAAAGAAGGAUGUCUAUUAAACAUCACACCCUUGCUUGUAUCCAAAUGCUGUGGAAAUACCUCUUUAGAGGUCUGUCUGCCCUAAGCUCCUUGAAUGUUUGUCUUUCUUGCAGGGCAAUAGAGAAGAAGCAGAUAAUCCAAGCACAGGCAUUGGUGCUUUCCGCUUCAUGUUGGAGUCAAACAAAGGAAAGUCCAUGUUAGAGUUCCAGGUACUCUUUUUAAUAUGAUUAAUCAUUCCUCCGGGGCCGGCACUACCAUUAGGCAAAGUGAGGCGGGAGGGAGCUGCGGCAAGUUGUUGGGGAAGAAGAGGAGUGUGUGCCAUGUCUGCUACCUUGUCCUAGCCUGUUGCCCUCAGGCCCCGUGGAAGACACAUUCUCAUUACCAGUAUUAAAGUAAGAUUUUUCUGCCAGCCUGAUCAAUCUAUGUACAUGGAAUGAGAGGUAACUCCGCCUUGUACUUUGCCACAGGCAGCAAAAUGUGUUGGGCCAGCCCUUCAUUCCAGCCUUGUGUGCUGUAUGCAUACUGGGACCAGUCAGGCUGCAUUAAAAUAAAAAAAGGCCUAUUAAAUGCAAAGUAGAAAGGGAACCCAAGUGGUUUAGUAAUGCAGUAUUUUUUUCCAGUUCAGACACACACUGCUGAGCAGCAGAGGGCUUAAUUUGCUACAACUCAGGAAGAUUAAUAUUUUAAGACUAACACCUCUGCAGUUAGCUUUAAAAUAGGUACUUAAGGGAUUAAAGCAUGUAAUCAAUUGGGCAGUAGAAUGAAGUGAUAGCUUUUGAAUUUCUUACCAACUCUAAAUCCUCAAUCUUGUGACAAUUUAAGGAAUUUAUGCUUUGUAUUUAUUCUGCUUUUAGGAGGAGAGAAAUUUGUCUAGUUCUGUCACUCCCUCUCCCUCUCCCCCCCCGACCACUUCAGAAUUGUUAAGAGUUGUGAUGGAACACUUAAUUAUUUUUCUGCCUGUUGUAGCAGUUGUAAUGCACUGUGCUAGGUGCUAUAUGAUUUUUCAUUUUCAUUUUAUUGCUUCUUUUAUUUCUUAUUGAUGGUGUUUGAAUUUUGUAGAAUUCACAUUGUAAUACAAUAAAAUGCAGUAUAAGAAAUAAAAGAAGCAAUAAAAUUAAUAAUUAAUAUGAAUAUUUAAUGUGAUGGAUGUGCCGUCCCCCUUCUUCAACCAAAAUCUACAGACAUGCUGUGGACUACCUGAAUCAAGCUUAUGGGCCAUUGGUGGCCCAUGGACCACAGUUUGAGAACCCUACCUCUAGUUUAUACUGUAGUGGGACUUGAAAGCUUAGUGUCUGUGAAUGGCAGAGGUAUCAUGCAGGAUGCUUAAGCAAUUAAACCUUAAAGUGCACUGAUGGAAUGUGAACGUUGCUUAUUGUGUGUCUAGGAAGAAAUCUCUGAUGAUCACUCUGUGCUAGCAGCACACUGAAUAGACAAUAGAGAGACAUUAUGUCAAGGGAAAAUUGGGCCCCAGAGUUUCACUGCUAGGGGCUGGAAUGGAGCCAGAUUUGUUUUUUUCUUUUUCUUUUUGAAGGCAGGUGCCUCAGCCUGUGACUGCAAAUCAGCUUCCCUGGUGCUGAUGUCUCCUUCUCUAGUUAUGAUAACAUUGCAGUAGGUUAGCAGAGCAAGGUUUAUAUUAGUGGCCCUGCUUAUACAGAGUGACUCAGUUGGUUAUGUAUUACCUCCUGCUCUUGCUGUAUUUAUGGACCUGCCUGCCUGCCUACGUGAGGGAGGUUUAUGGGGUAGUUUUUGGCCUGAGGUUCUGCUGGCCUUCAUGCAGUUUUGUAGCUCUAGGAUUCUUAGUGGUACAUGCACAUAGAAGACCCAAACCAUGAGAAUCCCUGACGGUCUUCACAGUCCUUCUGUGUAAGUGUCAGGGUAUUUUCCCAAGGCAGCUGGAAUGGUUCUUCUAGGCAACAGGCUUGCAUUGUCUUGAACUCUAUCAUGCUGCAUUUUUUGCUAGCCUCCUGGGACAUACAAAAGGCCUUUGUAAGAGCUGGGAUUUUCACCCAUGGCGCUGUGAUCCCUCUGCCAUAUGACACUGUUUUGGAGAAAAACAGCUGGGGAACAGUUAAGCUGGCACUCAAUCCCUCUCCCCACCCCAAAUACAAAAACUUAGAACAGAUUUGUGGAGGCUCUUGGCUUUUCUUUUAUUAGGGGCAAAUGCACUUAGUAGAAUUCUGCCAAUAAUUUUGGGUGAUACCAAUUUUUUUAAAAAAUGUUUUUAUUUAUUUUCCAUGGUACAGAACAUACAUUCUGAGAAAACAAUUGUUAUAACAGUAAACAACAAACAACUUGUUCCGAUAUGAUUAUUACAUAGCAUGACAAAAGUCUGAAAAGUUUCUUUUUAUUAUUCUAAAAGAUCAUGCCACAACGCUAUUGACCAUACGCUGGUGUACCAAGAAUUGAAGUUAAGCCCAACAUCUGGCUAAGUGGUCAUAAUUAGGGUAAUCUUGGGUAGACAGGAUAGUAAGACCAAGUAGUGCUAGUGCAUGAUGUAUUUCAGUGGUUUUGUUACAUAUUAAGCUUACUUCUUUGAAUAUAUUUUAAUUAUAUCGCAAAGCCACCACAUAUGGAAAUACGUACUUUUGACUGUGCACCCCCUCCAACAAUUAGGGUUGACUUCCUAAGAUAUUUGGGAUAGCCUCACAGAUGUAUAGUGCCACUUAUGCAGAAGUUUUAAUGAGGAUUCCGAUUUUUGCAUAAACCAAUUUCAACGGUAUCUUGGACCACAAAGCUGUCCACUUUUCAUUUGCUAUUUGUGCUUCUAUGUCCAUCUCCCACAGCGUUUUUGUGUACAAAAGAUUGCUACAUUUUAGGUUUAUUAAAGCUUUAUAAAUUGAGAAAGCUAUACCCUUAGAGAAUGGAGAGGGUUGGGGGACACCAAUUUUAUGUAUUUAUACCCCACCCGUCAAAAUCUUUCCCAGGGUAGUUUACAGACAGUGGUAAUCAUACAAAAGUACUGUAUAAAAUAAUUAAGGCAUACAAUAAAACACAAACAAUCCACAGUCUAAAAGCAGCAUAAAGCUGAUAAACAUGGAUUUAUAAUUCAGAGUUUCAAAGGCCUGGGAAAAGCAAAACAUAUUUCCCUGUUGCCAAAACGACACCAUAGCAGGCAGGCACCCUGUCAGCCUCCCCAGAGAGAACAUUUCACAAAUGGAGCACCACAGUUCUGAAGGCCCUUUUCUCUAGUCACCACCCACUACAUCUGUAAUGAUGGAAGCUUAGAGGAGGGCUUCCAAAUAUGAUCUCAUGCAGUUAAGUUCUUUUAGAGAGGGCAAUCCUUCAUUCUGACUCCUCCCUGUGAAUGGACUGAAAGGAAAAUCCCAACACUUUGGCUAGGGCCUGGAACGGACUGGGAUCCUGCAUGGGUGUCUCUCUUCUUCUCCAGUGCCUGGUCACUGUUAGUGCGCUCACAGCUGUAUUUUGAGUUUCCACACCAUUUUCAAAGGCAGCUGCAUGUACAAUGCUUUUUCAGUAGUCUAAUGGACAAGGCUACCAGAACAUGGUAAACUGAGGCUUGGCCAUCUUGGUCUAUAACAGGUAGCAGCUGGUGCACUAGAACUCCAUGCCACAGAAGCAGGCAACCAGCAACUCCAAUAACAAGUAUGGUUCUAUGAGCAUUCCCAAAUGGUGGUCCUGCUUUAUUAGACAGAGUGCUGCCUAAGUAGAUUUAAGCACCACCUUCAUAGAUGGAUGAACUAUCCAUUGCCAACAACACCUCCAUUUUGUCUGAAUUGACCUUGUUUAUUCACCUUUAUCCAGUACAUUACAGACCCCAGGCAGUGGUCAGUGCUUCCAGAGUCUGAUGAAAAAAAGAAACAGAGUUUGGUGUCAUCCCCAUGUUGACGAUGCCUCGCUCAAUAUUUUCAUGUAGAUGUUAAAAGAGUGGGUGGGUGGGAGCAAGAUUAAGCCUUGUGGGAUGCCUUAGAGCUGAGCCAUAGUAGGAGGUGAAGGUAUCUUUUUCUCUCUCAGAACAUCUAGUUACACUUCCUCUGAGAAGCAUUUCACCCAUCAGUGGACAUCUCUUUAAUUUCCUUCUCUUUGCUUCAUUAGUGUUGAAACAGUGCUUAAAAUUGGACUGCUUUCCUUUGGCAGGAGCUGAUGACCGUCUUCCAGCUGCUGCAUUGGAAUGGCAGCCUCAAAGCCAUGCGAGAAAGACAGUGCUCACGACAGGUAAGCAGAGCUGCAGAUGGGAUUCCUGAACCUUUGGACUGACAAUCCUGUCUUCUGUGUGGGAUUCAUGUGGCUGGCAGUGGAUUCUCCCAAUGCAGUAUGGGAGGGUGAACCCAGGUGUAACCCAUGAGCGUCUUUGUAGUAAAGGCUUUAAUAUGUCGCCACUUGCCUUCAGCACAGGCUGGGUAAGCUUCCCUAUUCAACAGAGUUUAUUUGAGCAUACUCACUUGGGUUGUCAUGGGGCUAGUGAAUUUCCAGGCAGGCACACCAACAAGAAGUGAUUGCCUAAGCUUUCUUGUUGCUCCAGCCCUCACUACUGCAUCUUAGCCAUGUCUAUCUGUGCCAAUCAAUUUCUGUUUGCCCAGUCUUCUUUGAAGUCCCGCUUAAAGUAUGCACCAUCAUCUCAGUGGCAGAUGGGCUGGUCGUAGUGGUUCCUCUGUGGUUGGUCCCUGCUCAUUCCAUUCCACUGCCCUGGUAUUUGGGAGACACUAGUUUCAUCAGUCAAGUGCUCAUCUGCUGAUCUCUCUCUCUCUCCCUCCCGCUAGGAGGUGUUGGCUCACUACUCUCACCGUGCUCUCGAUGACGAUAUAAGAAACCAGAUGGCAAUGGACUGGGUCAAUCGGGAGCAAAAUAUCCCAGGGGCUCUUUCAAGGGAGCUGGCCUCAACAGAGCGGGAAUUGGAUGAAGCCCGGCUGGCUGGGAAAGAGCUGCGGUUCCACAAGGAGAAGAAAGACAUUCUGAUGUUGGCAGCUGGCCAGCUGGGGAACAUGCACUCUUCCAACUGUUGAGAAACCCCAGAGAGCUGUUCUGUUUCCCCUUCCCUUCCCUACACUCUCACUUCACAACCAACUUGCUAAUGGGGUGUGACCUAGAGCUUGUUACAAAAUUGAAGGGGGCAAAAUGUCCAACCAAAUUCUUCUAAUUGGCUUUCAAAUUUUUCUUACGUUAUUAGUCAUGUAACAUGCUGUUUGGAUUUUGGAUUUUUAAGUCUAAUCUGGUUGUAGAUUGUUGAGAUUUGGCAAGUGAAUAACCUGUAUCGCCAAGCAGAUAGAUACACCCACCCCCUACUUUACUUACACACAAACACCAUUUUUCAAUAUACUUCAGCCAGAGAGAAAUAUCUCAAAAUCUGAAUGUUGAAACUUGGUCAGGUUGAGUUUGUUCAUAAUUGAGCUUCAGUUCUAACCUGAAUCACAUCACUUAAAGAGUGUGCACAGAUGCCUCUUUUUGAAGAAUAGGGGCCCAUUUGCACAUUUUAAAAACCUCUUUGCUAAAAAAAAAAUUCUGUAUAGAUUUUAUAAUGUACUUGGAUAUUCUUAGUUAUCUUUUUUCUCUUUGGGAUAGAGAAUUUCUUAUUGAUUCACUUUAGAGCACAUUUUUAAAUGUAGCCUUUUUAGUGUUAAAUAUACUAAUACUCAUUUAGUCCUCAAUUCUAUCCAGGUACUAUACAGUAUUAAGUGGAAAUGUAGCAUUGCCAAGAGGAUACUAGUUUUGCCAUGGAUAUAAGGCAUAAACUGUAUGUUAGGCAAAUGUAUUCCUGCAGUUUAUGUAGUUUGAUACACUCCUUUUCCCCUUGCCACCUGAUAAGCACAGCACUUAAAACACACCUCUUCACUGCUCUCGAACUACUAUUAAGGUUUUUAUUUAGUUGGUUAAUGGCAUCUUGUUCUAGCUGGUGUCUUGAUUGCAAGGUUCCACAGAGUUUGAGCAGUUCCCUAUUGCUGCAAGGGAUGGGGUGUAUCUCGUCAUAGUGGCUGCAUUUGCGCAUCACUGUGUAAACCGUAGUUAAUGGCUGGCUGUCAUGUCACUCCUCCCCUAGCACAAGUGGGAGCAACAAACCACAAUCUCUGACAUAGCGUUACAUUUGAACCAGAGAUACUGGGUUGCUUUUCUCUCUCAUAAGUAAAAUACAACUCAUCUAGUUGCGCUUCAUGAAUGAAUUGCGUUCAUGCUUGAGUCGCUUAAAGGAGCUUUCCAGGUUGUAGAGAUUUGAGUUCACUGUGGGACAUUCCACGCCAAAUCACCUGGUGCCAUGUGCUCUCACGACUCAGAUUUUCUUCAAAAAAAUUUUAUGUGUAGAUACCUAUGAGAUAACCUCAAAUUAGUAUUUUAAGAUUUUUUUGAUCCAAAAUUGGGCGCAGGAGAAUUUUUGACAUUUUUGAUUUUCGCACAAUUUAGGCUAAUGCACUUUCUGCAUUAGUUUAGAAAAAACCUCCUGUUUUGCUUAUUUUUCAACCGAUUGGGCUUAUUUUGGUAUCAAAAUAAAGCUAAUUGUGGCCUCUUUAAAAAUAAGGUAUAAAAAUGGUAUCAGGUGCCACAGAAAAGGGUCACCAACCAUCCAAAGUGAAUUUUUGUCAUUUUACUUCUGGUAGGUUCAAUAAGCCAUAGCGCGCAAACCACAACUGACACGUGUAUCAAUCUUGAGUCGUGAGAGCAUGGUUGAGUGUUAAAAUCAGGUGAUUUGGUGUGGAAUGACUCCUUUAUAAUGAAUCUUAAUGAUGAGCUCCCAGCCUUUGGCAUUUUAGUCUCUCUCUGCUUGCCUCUUGCAGGGAAGGAAGAUAGAUGACGUGUUGUUGCUAAGGUGCUCAGCUGAUUUAAAAGAAAAAGCCCUGACUCAUUUUCUUUCCCUGCUAGCUUCAGCUUCUUGAUGAAUGCAGAAUCAUAGCUGCCAACGUUUCCCUUUUUAUAAGGGAAAUUCCCUUAUUCCGAAUAGGAUUCCUCCCAAGAAAAGGGAAAAGUUGACAGCUAUGUGCAGAAUCCUUUGAUUGGGUUGCAGAUACCAUAGGCUUAUCUUGAGUCAAAGGGGGAAGCACUACUUUGUUGUUAUGGUUGUGUUUGACCUUCAUAUCAGAGCGCUGGAUUCAGUUGGUGCCUCAGAGGGGUCUACUUCCAUGAUUUGCUUCUGUGAACUGUGAUGUGUGCAGUCCACAAAUCAUGCUAUUUUGGUUCAUUUCCAAUCGAGCAGCCUCCUGUGUCUUGGGAGACUGCAUCGGCAGAGUGCUCUGUGAGUUAGCCUGUCACACAAUAGCUAGAGCUACUUGUUUGUAAGUGAAGAACUGUGAUUGUGCAGCUGCAAGGAGAAAUGCCUCUUUGUUUGAGCAACAUUAGAAAGUUACAAAAAUUUGUAGAAUACAAACUUUAUAUAUGUAUGCACUUUUAUAUAAAAAAGAGAGACUGAAACUAGGAGCAGGACUCUUAAAUAGCAAUACUGACUAUGUAUAUAGAGAAAGUUGCUUGAAGCUUCCGAGACAGAAGUGCUCUGCAGAUCACGUGUAAUAUGAGGGAAAGCUGAUGUAGAUGUAAGGGGGAAUCAUGUCAGCCACCCAGAAGCCAAGAUCACUCAUCUGCACUGUGAGGAGAGCAUUGCGUGUUCUGUGUCUGACUUUGUCACAUCUGCCUGGUAAAGAACUGCCUUCCAAAGCACACCCUUAAGAUUUGGGACUAAGACAGUAUCAUGAACUAGCAAAAUGUGAUGUUUAAGGAUUAAAGGGGGGAAAUAAAAUAGGUUACAGAGGAGGACUAGGCCUCUCAAGAGUGCUGUGUUGUGACACUUUUGAAUAAUCUUCCUGAUUAACAGUGCAAUCUAAGGAAGUCCUGUUGAGUUCAGUGGGGUUUGUUCCCCUUUAAGUGGGUACAGGAUUGUAGCUCUAAUUGAGCUUGCUUGAGAUAAUUUUGUUACCACCUAACACUUAAAUAUCCUAAGUUGAUACAGUAACAGUACUACUUCCAAUUUUCAGUGCGUAAUUUGAGGUGAAAUUGGGGUUAUAAUCUACUUUAUUGUGAACACAGAACUAGGGGGUGACAGUUACUUCCAGGUUGAUGCUAAAUCCAGUGGAAUCUUUUGUGUACAUGGCAUUGACUUUAUUUUUAAAAUUGCGUAAGGAAAAUAGCAGUAGUGGUGAUUCUGACUCGGAGCUUUAUGUAGUUUACUUACGGGAGGUGGGAAGCUAUCCAGAAGCACAACUGUAGGACUGUGUGACUGGGGAAGGGGAGUAUUGGGCUAACAUUAGUGCCAUUUUGAGUGUUUCCUACCCCAGAUUUUCAGGGUCUGACUUGUCAUCAGACCUGUUGCACCUUAACCCAUGUGCAACAGCAUUCCUGUAGCCUUGGGAUUAAUUGUCAUGGUUACACUUUAAAAACACUUCACUAUUUACAGGGUAGAAUAAGAGUUUAAUCAGAACAUCCUUGAUGUUGCCUUUCUGGUCUUGACAUUGGGCAUGGAAGAUUAUUUGUAGCUGGAGGGAAUGAGGAGAGGCAGAAGACAGAUAAUGCAAGGCAUUAGCUUACCCUUACUGUGAACAAAGAUCUUGGAACCCAUUGAUUCUUUCUACUGAAAGGGAAAAUAGCCUGGCUUCCUGCAACACCAUCCUGGAAGUCAUUUUGUGUUAUAAUGUGUUUAUAGUAAUUCUUCUAUCUCAGAAGAUAAUCUUCCAGGGUAUUGUCACCAGGAAUGAUGGAGCUAGAUGACCUGUGCACUCGGACUAUAUUUUAACUAGAACAUGCCCUUGAAUUGUUCCUGCCUUGAUCAAUUUGCCUUGUUCAGCACUCAAAGGGCAAAAGACAUUUAGUAGAAAAACAGUCUCAGCGCUGACAGCUGUAUAUAGCAACACAUGGUUUGUGAUAGUAUUGUUGAGUCCUUUUAUACAGUAAUUAAAACUGACAGGCCCUUGCUUAUAAUUGUAUCUUAUAAGAGAUUGGUACAAAGUGAAAUUGCUGUCUGGGGCCCGAGAGCCACAAAAUAUUUGAACCAACGUCAGCAGGUAAAACACCAGAUUGCUUCCCCAAGGUUUUUUGUAACUUUCACAUGCAUACCAAUCCUCACAACUGGCAUCUGGGUCCUAAAAGAAUGGUAGUUCUGCAAAAUGUGGGUGAGGAGAAAGGGGUGUGUCAGCUGUUAAUGCACUUCUGUGUCCUUUGUGUGCUGCUUAGGAAUGCAGUUGUAUACAGGAAUAAGAACUUGGUGCUUCAGGAAGUGUGGGUAGGAUGCUCUGAAUUGGGCAUUAGAAGCUGAGGACAAGACACACACAGAGAGGGAUCCAAGUUAAGUCAUGACUAAGCUGGUUUGUUGGUUUCAAGUAGACAUACUAACUUAGUCUAGAUACAACUCUAUGUGUACAGGAUUAUUUUCCACCUGGCAAUCACCUUACUGAAGCUGAGGGCCUUUAGUCUCUUAGCCAGAUGGUGUAUAAGCAGGUGUAUAGUCCUUCAGUGAGGCUUUGCAGUCAGACUUCCAAACAGUUACUUCAUAACUGUGGGAACUCAGACUACCACUCUUAGAAAGGGAGAAUAGACAAAGGGCUGCAGAAGAUAUGUGGAGAUGGUAGUUGUUCCAUAGGGAGCUCAAGAAGUGGCAUUAUUUUGGCCUCCACACUAUGUCCAUUUGUAUACCUGAAAUAAUAAAUCAGUCUUGUCCUUUAUAUAUAUAUUUUUAUAUACAGCUUUGUUUACACAAUAGUAUUAAUGUUGAAAUGCAUUUAUAAAGUUGGCUUAUAAAUAAUCCUUUGACAGUUUGUAUAUGAAUGUCUCACUUGCCUCACUUACUACUUUCUAUUAGAAACAAACUAUGUACAGGGUUUGAGUUUUUCCUUUCCAAACAUGUGGCUCUUGAAUUUUCCUUGCGGAGAGACCUGCCUACAGAUGUUUGCCUCUGGGCAGGCCCCAGCUGUCACCUAUAACCUGAUUCCCCACAUCCCCUCCUUUUGGUGCUGGUUUUCUGAAUAAGCUGCCUUCCUCCUCAUCCUCCUCUUCAUUCAAUAUUUCUACUGUCCAGGUUUUCAAUGCUGUUUUUUUCUAGUUCAGAGGUUACUGUACCUAAAAUAGUUCUACAUACUGUCUGCCUUUUCUUUUACUAUAAGCGAUAAAGUCCAGUACUUAAUUUUGUAAUGCCUAAUUUUAUACAAUAAAAUAGCAUUUUUUUG